GAUAACCCCUCCUCGAUCAUCCCUCAUCUCCCUCGCCUUCUCCCUCUCAAAACUUCCACUACUAACCAUGUCUAGGAAGAAGGUUAAGCUUGAAUUGAUUGCUGACGAGGCAACAAGGAGAACCACCUUCAGGAAAAGAAAGAAGGGCGUACUGAAGAAGGUGAGUGAACUGAGCACCCUAUGUGGGGUGAAUGCUGUGGCCAUCAUCUACGGUCCUUGUGAUCCAAAUCCAGACUUUUGGCCGCCAUCCCCUUCAGAUGCCAAAGCCGUGCUCACGAGAUUCAAGAACUUGUCUGAGAUGGAACAAGCAAAGAAGAUGAUGAACCAACAAGAGUUCCUCAAGCAAAGGAUUGGAAAGUUAAAGGAAAAAUUGAAGUCACAGAUGAGGGAGAAUCAAGUAUUGGAGACCACCAAACUCAUGUAUGAUUGUCUUGCAGCUAAUAAGGAUUUGAAAGAUCUAAGCCUCGAGGCUCUAGGUGAUCUGGUAUGGCUCACUGAAAAAAGAAUCAAGGAGAUCCAAAACAGGAUUAAUGAUCUGAGGAGGAUCACUACUACUAUUGUUGGGGAUGAUGAUGAUGAUGGUGGUGGUGGUGGUGGUGGUGGUGGAGAAGCUAGUGGAAAGGACAAAACGGCAAUGGAGGCUCUGCUUUCUAUGGGAAUUGGGAAACCACUUUGAUUCAGAGAUUUGAAUUGAAGAAUAAAAAAUAUAUGGACAUAUCGGAUUUGAUUUGGUGGAAAUCAAAUUCUUAUGGUGACUUGUCUCGAUGGAUAAUAUUAGUUUCCGAUCCAAUCGUUUCAUUCCUUAAAAUAUCUAGGGUAUUUAUGUUUUGGUUUUAUUUUUUUUAAUUUUGGUAGAAAAAGGUUUUGUUUUAGGAGUCGAUUUAUAUAUUUUUUUUUUCUUGCUUGCUUAAUUAGGUUUGUACUGGUUUUGCAAUCCUGGAUCAAGAAAAAGUUUUCUUGUUGGAAA